AUAUGCCAUUGCAUUGUGUUAAAAUAUGUUUGAUUUUAAAAUCUGUUGAUAAAAAAUAAUUUUAGGUCAUAUGAAUUAUUUUUACUGUACUACCCGACGGAGUACAGUUAUCUUCAACAUCUUCGAAUAGUUGGAAUGCGAACACACAAAACAAAAAAAGUGUAAACGUGAUUAAAACUCCAUCUAAAUUAAAUUACAAUUAAAUUGAAAAUGAUAAUAUUCAAUGUCAAUCAUAUUUUACUAUUCUUAUUUUGUUCAGAAACUGUUUUUUGUUUUACAUAUUUAAGUAAGGAUGGUGUAGAAAUACAAUAUACUGUCAAGUUUAAACGUGAAUGCCGAGGAGAAAUGGACAUAAUAGUCACUUUAGAAAGUAUUGCACUCCCGGAAUGUGUUCUGGAAUGCGGAAUGCGGCCGGACUGUAAAGCUUUGAGCUACAUGAAAAUUUUCAAGAAAUGCAAUAUAUACUCUUCAGACGGACACGAAAGUGAUAGAAAUAAAGGAAGUUGUGUGGAGAUUCUGGCAGCGGAUAUUAAUGUCAAAAGGAAACCUUGUCCUGAGUGUACUUCUGGCAAGACUUGUAAUCCUGCAAAAGGGUAUUGUGAAACCACAGAGUGUCCUGUCGAAGAAUUUGAAUAUGGAAUUGUCAGUGGAAACAUAAGAAAAGUUGGGUAUCAUGUGCAAUAUACAUGCAACGACGGAAAUACGAUCAUUAAUAAAAUAGAAUGCCUCUCUAAUGGAUUAUGGAAUAUAACCGCCGGUAAAUGCUCAACCGAUGUGAUAAAUGUUGCUAUUGGGAAACCAACAAGCAUGUCUAGCGUUUACUAUAACAAUGAUGGCAACAAUUACGAUGGAUCGAAGGGUGUAGACGGCAAUUUAAAUCAAUCAUGGUCAGUUCGCUCCUGCUUUCAUACUAAUGAUGACCUUCAUUCGUGGUGGCGGGUAGAUCUUGGACAAAUGUAUCGCUGUUUUAGAGUAGUGUUGUACAACCGGCUGGACUGUUGCAAGGAACGAGCUUCAGAUUUGGAUUUGAUGUUUGGGACGACGGAGAACAAUAUGUAUAUCGUAAGGCAAGUUGAUGGUCAGAUUGAGGACAUCCAUACGUUUAACUUCCCUGAAGGUAAAGGUGCACGAUAUGUUCAAGUGAUGCUUAGAAGACAAAACUCCCUACAUCUUUGUGAAGUACAAGUGUUUGGUUUUGCUCUUAACUUAUAAUUCAACUCCAACGGCAAUCUGGAGCAGUAAAAUACACGUACACCAAUCUCAACACGUGACACAUUUGGAAGGGAACAUAACUGAAUUAUUUAUCUUAUUAUUUUACUCUCAUAGGUAAAACAUAAAUGAUCGUUUUAUCUAAAGUUUAAUUGUACAAGGACUAUAACAGCACCGACUGUGAAUAUUGACCGACUGUCUGACACAAAGUUUACCGAAUAAUAGGGAAGGAAGGUAUACCUACUUACCGCUAAACUAUAACGUGAGAGCCAGUGUGUGGUCUAGCAUUUUAAAUAUUUUAUUUUAUUUAUAGUUCAAUCAUUAAGUAAGAAAUCAUAUAUUUUUGUUAGGCACAUUUUUCUUAAAGUAGUAAAUGUAGUUUCAAAAAUAUUUUUUUUGGAAAGGAUAAGCAUGCAAAUGAUCAGAUAUUUUUUAUUCAAUUUAUAAGUCCAGCGAACUAUAUAUUACAUUUAUAUUCCUUUCUUAUCGUUAAAACCCCAGUGGAGUCACUUUAACAAACGCAAUAGAAGUUUUUCGUGUCUAUUGUCUUAUCUCUUUAAAUAAAUGACUAAACAUAAAUUUCUUAUCAUUCAGAGGUGCUUUUCAUAACGAACCUUCGGACCGAUUAAAAUUUCAUGUACAAAUUAUGAAAAAAA